AAGUUACCGUUGAAAUCCAUUUCGGAAGCAUAAAAAGCGUUGCCUAUUCCAAAACACACUUCAAAAAAAAUCAUCGACGAAACUAAGACGAAAACAAAGUGAGAAACGCUAUAAUUGAAAGAAAUCAACAAAUUAACCAAAGAGAAAUCACUUUUUUCAGGAACUUUUUGUAUUACUUGGUGUUCAUUUGAAAUUGACUACUUUAACUCAAAAUGGCAGCACGAACUGUUCGCUUGUUUCAAGACCAAAAUGUCACUGACCAUGUUUAUGAAACAGGAACUGUGUCUGGAAAGACAGAUUUUACUGGACAGAGGAAAUCUAAGCUUGGAGGAAGAAAACCACUUGGUGAUCUAUCCAACUCAGUGAAGCCAUUUGAUCUAGUAGAUGGAAAGAAAACUCUCAAUGGUCCAUUAAAAACUGUUAAACCCUCUGUCAUUCUGAAUAAGUCCAAGAACAAGAGCAACUCCACUCUUAUUCUGAAUAAGGAAGUUGUUUCUGGCAGCAAAGCUUCUAAGAAAUCAAAUACUGGCAGCAGGAAACCACUUACUGACAUUUCAAAUUCAGCCUUGGCGAAGCUACACGCUCCUGAUAUAAAAAAUAAGAAAAGCCUGAAGACAAGUUCCUUGACAGGGAAGUAUCUCCACCCGGAUGCAAUAGCUGAAGAGCGAAUGUUGCACGAUCAUGAACAAUGUAUAAAAUCAAAGACUCAAGCAUUGGAUAGACAUCAUUUUUUCAAGACUGUUGGACUGGAGGAUGAUUCAGAUGAUGCCAUGAAAAUUUCCUUUGAACCACUUGCAAGUAAACUGAAGCCCGAGAGUGCAUUAUGGAAAUUGGAGGAGGUGCAUGAAGAGAUGCCUGAGUCUCCGAGAUCUGCUGAGCAUGGCUCCCCAAUAUACUGCAAGAGUCCAGAAUUUUCAAGUCGUACAAUGUGGGACGACCUAGCUGUAGAUUUCAAAUUGAUAGAUUCACCCUAGGUUUUUAUUUUCUUAUAGAAUCAUGUGCCGCUCGUGUGAUGACAAUUAUUGUUGGAUACUUGGAUCCUUGAAUUGAUGACCUUAAUGUUUGUUUAUGCCCAAUUAUGUCAAUGAAUAGCACCUAUGCUUUUCCA